UCAUGUUCAACUAAGCUGUAUAAAAGGAAAGCAAUGGCUUGAAAUUUAUAACUUAUCUAUCCAGACAUAUAACCUAUCAAUAACUAUUAAAAUAAAAUGAAUUUCUUUUGUCUCAUUCUCAUAUUGAGCUUGGCAUUCAUGUGGACUGCUGUAACUGGGUGUAUUAGAAACGGUAAUUGCAAAGAGGAUGAAUGUUGUAAAGGAGGUGGAGUACAAGGAGUGUGUACUAAGCUAGGAUCAGAAGGUUCAUCUUGCACCCUUCGUAAGCACCAUGUUUACUUGACUGGUGAUUGUCCCUGUCUACCAGAUUUGAUUUGCGAUCCUGUUGAUGAGAAGUUGUCUAGAGCUUUUCCCAAAAUAUUGGUAAGGAAUAUUUUUCUGGAUUAUCAAAGAACAAGACUAAUGUUAAGUAAACUGUACAUUGAUUCGAUGUAAAGUAAAUGGUAAUUAGAAUCAAACAUAUCGCAACAAAACUAUUUAAACUGUUUACAUUUAAAGAAAUCUCAGAUUAAAAUUUCAAAACAGUAUUCUUCGGAAACAAAUUUUCAUGCUCUUUAUGUAACAUGAUGUUAAAAAU